AGAAUUCCUGCAUCCACGCGCUAGUGAUCGUCACGUGUUGCAGUUCGUAUCUAACGGGGCUGUCAAAUGGCUUUUAUUCCCUCAACAAGUUAAUGCUUCAUCACUAAACUGACGCUGAAAAAGAGAUGAAAAUGGGAUCUCGGAUCAAGGACAAGCCUAAGAAGAUCUUUGAAGCUUACAUGGAGGUGAAAUAUUCUGAGGCAAAAGGGGCAGAGAUGUGUUGGCUUUUCCCUGAGGACUAUACUGACCAGGAAACUUUGCAGACUGUGCCUAAGUUUUGCUUCCCUUUCAGUAUGGACAGUCCGGCAGUGGGACAGGUGGCACAAAACUUCACAUUUGUCUUGACUGAUGUUGAGAGUAAGCAGCGUUUUGGUUUCUGCCAACUAUCUGAUGGAGCUCAGAGUGGCUACUGUUUCCUCAGUUAUCUGCCAUGGUUUGAAGUGUUCUAUAAUCUGCUGAAUAUGCUGGCUAACUACACUAAUAAAGGACAGGAGAAUUUAAAGAAGGAAUUGAUGGAGUCUCUACAUGCAUUAUCAAUUCCUGACCCUGGAAUGUCUGUAUACCUGAAUACGCAUGCCUGCUUCACUGUGCCUGAUCCAAGGGAGCUGCCAAGUAUACCUGAAAAUAGAAACAUGACAGACUAUUUUAUAGCAGUAGAUGUAAACAAUAUGCUUCAUCUAUAUGCAAGCAUGCUGCACGAACGAAGAGUCCUAAUCAGCUCCAGCAAUUUGAGCACUUUAACGUCAUGUGUCCAUGCAGCAGCAGCCAUGUUGUAUCCUAUGUACUGGCAGCAUGUUUACAUCCCAGUGCUACCACAGCAUCUUCUAGACUACUGCUGUGCUCCUAUGCCAUACCUUAUAGGAGUCCACUCCAGCCUGAUGGAGAGGGUGCGGGUGAUGGCUCUAGAUGAUGUUGUCAUUUUAAAUGUGGAUACUAACACACUAGAGACUCCAUUUGAUGAUCUACAGAACCUUCCUAAUGAUGUGGUUUCGACUCUAAAGAAUCGUCUGAAAAAAGGAUCUACUACUAUGGGAGCUGGGGCAGCACGAGCUUUUUUGAAAUCACAGGCAGCUCUGUUUGGCAGCUACAGGAGCGCUCUGCGCAUAGAACCGGACGAACCAAUUACAUUCAAUGAGGAGGCGUUUAUCACACACAGAUCUAACACAAUGAGACAGUUUCUGCAGAAUGCCACACAGCUUCAGCUCUUUAAACAAUUUAUAGAUGGACGUUUGGAAUUGCUGAACUCUGGUGAAGGCUUCAAUGAUGUAUUUGAGGAGGAGAUUAAUAUGGGAGAAUAUGCUGGCAGUGAUAAAGUAUACCAUCAGUGGCUUCUCACAUUUAAGAAAAGUGGCGGGGCCAUCUUUAACACUGUGAAGACAAAAGCAAACCCUGCUAUGAAAACUGUCUACAAGUUUGCAAAGGACCAUGCAAAGAUGGGUAUCAAAGAAGUGAAGAGUCGUCUUAAGCAAAAAGAAAUGGCAGAGAGCAACCUCUCCAGUAGCACAGAUGACUCUACCUCCACCCAUUCUGUGUCUACACAAAGAAAGGAUGCCCACUCCUGGGAACAGAGAAGACCAAUUACAGUGCAAUUUGGACAGUCCUUCCAUCCUAGGCCACUAGCAGCAAAGAGACCGCGCAGCAACAUGGACCUUGAGGGCAGUCAUGAACACUUUAUGCGCCCUACACGUCACUACACUGUGUUUCUGUGUGAGGACUCCUCUGGUGAUGAGCUGUCACAGGAUGAUGACGUCAUCCCUUCUUUUCCUGAUCACUUCCUUCUCUCCAAACACUUUGAAUGGUCUCAAUCUUAUCAAUCUCUAAAGGACACAGAGCUUGUGGGAAAAAAAGGAGAAGUGUGUUUCCAGGGUAACACACCUAUGGAUGGGCCAAUGCAUUCUAAGUUAUCUGAGCUGAGCCUUUUAGAUAAUUCAUUUGGCAACCAGCAGGAGAAGCCUACCUAUGCCUUACAUACAAUAAACAGCACACACAAAGUGGUUGAGGAGCUAAGUUCCAUCAACAAAAAAGUUGACCAGGAUGACAACUUCAGUUACCAGCACCAGGAGCUCAGUGGUGAUGAAAAUAUUCAGACUUUUCUGGCCCUGAAUCACUCAACUUGCAACAAACUGUGGACCCAGUCAUUACCAGAUACUGUACCCUUUUCCAGCCAAGACUCAUCCUUUGUUAAUAUGCAAUUGUCUGUGCUACCACUGGAGCCCUGUAUUCCCAGAGAUCCCCCUGGCCCAGAACUGAUGGAAGAAAGGAGUAUAUCAAUUCCUCGACCACAAGCACAGAAAAAAAUAACAAAACCAGGAGCCAUACUUUCACCAACAGUGACUUUGCUGCAGGGCCAGCGACAGGAAGAACUGGUGGUGGGAAAUGUGAAAAGACAGACACUCAAUUCAUCCCCUAUGACAGAGUCUCAACUACCCAGCACAGAUCCAGGGCCUGACCUGCUUUGCCUUCUAGACCCUGUAAGAAGAGGAGUAGUGUCCUCAAAUUCAUCACUUCCACCACAGCCUACUUUUACUCCAUUUCAUGGCCACUGCUCUCCUAACCCGUUCACACAGGUCCCCCACUCUGUCCUCCAAAAAUAUUAUAACCCUGUGCCUCCAGACAAUCCCUUUAGCACUGCCUACUUCUCACCACAAACUACUGCAUAUUUCCAUACCUCUCCUGUUUUAAUGUUUAAUCAGGCUUCCACUAUGGUUGGACCUACAAUGAAUGGAUCAUGGCCUGUUGACAGAGCAUCACCAGCCUCCAGCAAUCUGAUUGAUUCUCCAGCGCCAGCCUGUCUAUCCAAGGCUCUGCCCCCCACCCACCAGACAGAUAAAUCUAAUGACCCCUUUAGUGACCUUCUCACCAUGGCAACAACAUCCACUGUUAUAACCACACAAUCAAAAAGGAAAAUGGAAGACCUGCAUAGAAAAUGGGAGACAUUUGACUAGCCUACCAAACAGUAAAGAUCUGCAGUAUUUAAACAGACAUCAUAUAUCUCAGCCUGUUUAAAGAUUCAGUUCCUACUUUUACAGUAAAGGUUAAACACUUAAUAAAGGAUAAAGGAUAAACUAGUUAUACAGGAACCUGGUGUUUCACUCUGGGUGGUUGCUAUAUCAAACACAUCCUCCAGUCUGGAAACCAGUGAUGUUAUUUGUUAAUGUUUGUUUUUUCGGCUUCUGAGCAGUGCCACGUUUGAAGUUUACAAACUGAUUUGAAUGACUGCAUGGUUGUGAUUUGAAAUGAGUGAGACACACAGUAGAUUAAAAAGCUAAACCCUUCUCCAAUAUGUUUAUCCAAAAAAAAUACUUUUCAAUAAUGGUUUUCAGAUCAAAAUGAAAAUUUAAGUUACAUUUGGUGUAUGUGACAUGUUCACACAUUCUAAAUCACUGCUUCUCCUUUGGAGCAAGGCUGUAUAAGGCCUAUCAAUAAAUCCCCUAACCUUAACCAGUAGCUGUUCCCUUGAUUUGAGUUCACUGGUAUUCAAGCACAAAUCUAAUGCGAGUUGAACACCCAUUAGACUAGAUUAGACUUGGUUAGCCAAAUCUACUGCUUAUAGUCCCUCUCACAUGUCAUCAUAAAUCUGAAAGUGGGGAAUAUAUUCAAAGUUGUUGAUAUAAAUUGGUUGGUGGGUUCAAAAUUUACAUAAAUAUUUAUGAAAGAAUGUUUCAUACUUGCUCUCUCUCCUUUGUCAAAUGAUAUAGAAUGUAAUAUGAAUGCUAGAAACCAUUUUAAAGUAGAAUUAUAAAAACGCACUGUUGUAUGAAUGAGUACAUGCAAUGAAGAAAAAUGUCAUUGAUCUAAUAAGAGUACACUAUAUUUCCAGUAAACUGUGGCAUGAAUAGUCCUAGUAGUAUCAAAUUAAUCACUGCAAAUUUGAUAUAUCACUGUCAUGAAAUUGUAAUGUGUGUGCAGGGUUAAGGCUAUUUUAUUACACUUUAUAAAUCUCUAUUUUGAGUUGUUGAAUUAAUAAAAUAAUGUCAAUAUUUAUAA